AUGUGCGCGGGCGGAGAGCCGGCCUCUGCAGCCGCCGCCGCCAGGGCCGCGCCGUCGCCGUCGCCGCUUGCAAACGCCGCCGCCUCCAUAACCGCAUCCGGCGGCACGGCGGGGCGGGGCACGCACCAAAAAGAGCGCGCUUUGCGAAUGACGUCGAAGCUGCAGAAAGAGCGGCAAUGCAAUUACGGGGAGCGCUGCCGCGUGCGCUAUCGCUGCGCCUGCGCCAGCGCCCUGUCUCUUCUGCGUCUUCGAGUGCAAUGCGGCGCCGGCUCAGUGCAAGGCCUGCGCUUCCGACCGCGCCCCUGGCCCGGAGGCGGCGGCGGCGGCGGCGGCGACGGCGCGCAAAGGUCGUCCGUCUGGGUGCCGCAGCGGCCUCCGCCGCGCCGGCCAAUUGCCUCAAAUAGUGUUAUAAUAUUACGUUUUAAAAAUAUUCCUUACAAAAAAAUGCAGGAAACUUUAGAUAACAAUUCAUACCAUAAUUUUUAUUACAAGAAUAAGAAACCUGAAAAUUAG